CGCACAACAAAGACGGUAACAACCACCGGCCUUGAAUCUUGCGUGAUCAACAUGGCGAGACGAUCGAACCGGUUCGCAGAAGAAUUUCCGAUUGCGGAGGAGGAAGCAGAGGACGGCGGGCAGCAGGUCUUCGAAAGGAUGAGAGCACCGCUAUUGUCAUCGUCGCCGUCCUUCGAGAGCAACAACAGCAACAACGGCGGCGGCAACCUGUCCGAGCUGCGUCACCGUUCUACCACUCUUGUGUCAUCUUCGGCGGCCAGUGGGGAGGACGAGGACGGAGAUGUAGAAGGCCAGUACCAGUUGCCGGAGGAACAAUUCCAACCACAGCAACAACGCAUCCUCGAUAGGAACGGAAUGUUUCGGCAGUCCAAGGGUCGGCUGGGCGUGGAACGAAGGCUUGCAACGGAACCUCCCAGGGAUCGGAGCGGUACAACCGGAAACGGCCCGUGCCGCAGCUUUUGCAGAUGGUAUUGCUGGCGCCGGAGAAUCUACCAAGAGUGGGGGAAGGACUGGUUUUUCUGGCUGGCCUACAAAAAAACCGCGGUCCUCUUCCUGCUGCUUUUUUGUUCCUACGCGCUGAUCAUCUGCUUCUUUGGGUUCAUCUACCUGUCGCUCUCUAUCUUCGGAAGCAAGGCGGAAGUGAAUCCGGACGGAAGCACAAAGACGAUUGCCUUUUGUGACAUGGGUACGUGCCAAGAUAGAAUUCUGACCUUCCGGUGUCGUGGGGUUCCGGGACGCCUUUCGUUCGUUCUCUUUCGUGCUGUGUGGGAGACCCGAGCCGUGCUGACCGAUUUCCGCGAUUUCUUUGCUUGAACGUGCUGCUUGCUUGCUUGCCCACACCACACCACACCGCACCGCACCACACGGCAGACAUCAACGACCACAUGGAAGCGAUGUACUUUUCCCUUUCCACCAUGACCACGAUCGGCUACGGCGUGUCGGACUACUACUUUGGCGGCUGUUACUCGCCCCUGCUGAUCGUCCUGAUGCAGAUCUGCACGGCGAUCGUCUUCGAUGCCGUGGCGGUGGGCCUGAUUUUCCACCGGAUCUCGCGGGGGGCGAAACGGAGCCGGUCCAUUCUGUUCAGCGACAAGGCGAUCGUCCGAAACGUGCGGGGGGUCCCCCACCUGAUGUUCCGCCUCGGCGAAAGGCGCAAGCACCACCUGAUCGAGGCAACCGUCCGGUGCUAUUGCAUACGGCACGAGCGGAUACCGCAGCACCCCGGCGGCGAUGCGCCGUUUCGCAUCGAAACGACGUCCUUUGUGAGCCGACAGAUGAGGCUGCUGCAGCCCGACGACAGGUUUGGUUCCCACCUGUGGAUGGGCCUGCCGCAGGUCGUCGUGCACCGGAUCGACGAAACCUCGCCCCUGUGUCCGUCGGCACCGCUCUGGUUCGACGUUUUAUCGGAAUCCCAUCGGUAUCCCCCGCCUGGCGGGGGAGGGACCGGUGGUACCGGCAGCAGCAACAACGGCGAGCGCAGUUUUCCCCCGUCGCCGGACUAUCUGAAAGCCAACGAAGGAUGCAUCAAGGAGUUUCUGUACGAUCGGGACGUGGAGGUGGUGGUGCUGGUAGACGGGACGGACGAGGGGACCGGGGCGGCCACACAGGCACGCCACUCCUACAAGCUCUGCGACAUGACAUGGAACCACAGGUUCGCGGAGUGCGUCCACCCGUACAGCCGGAGGCAGCGGAGCGGACCGUCGAACCUCGAUCCGGUGGUGAGCAUCGAUUUCUCGGCCUUUCACGACACCACAGAAGUGCCCCUGGACUGCGAGGAAUGUGCCUACGUUCCGAAGCAAUGAAACGGAAGCAUUGCCAAUUUGGAGAGGCGUUUGUAACCCGGUAACAGAAGUCGUUAU